AUGUCUCGGUCAAGAAGUGGAAGCGAUUCCGAAAGGGAUGAAAUUCGUUCUCCGAGCUCCGAUGAAGACGCCUCAUCGAAAAAGUCCGGGAAUGGAAAACAAGCUGACAACCCGAGAUCUCAGCCAGCUGAAAUGGAAAAGCAUCGAUCAAGAAAGAAGAGCGAUUCGGGGAAUGACAGUGUUCGCUCUCCCAGUUCUGAUGACGAUGCGGCAUCGAAAAGAUCAAGGAGUGAGGAACGAACUAGGCGAUCAGAGUCUCGCAAUGUCAGAUCAAGAAGCCGCUCGAGAUCGAGAAGCCGUAGUCGUGAGAGAAGAGGGAGGGAGAGAAGUAAUGACAGAAGGAGAGAUAGGAGUGAUGACAGAAGAAGAGAACGAAGCAGUGACAGAAGAAGAGAUAGGAGCGUUGAUAGGAGAAAGGAAAGAAGCAGCGAUAGAAGAAGAGAAAGGAGUACUGACAGAAGAAGAGAGAGGAGCACUGACAGGAGGAGGGAACGAAGCAGUGAAAAUCGAAGUUCAAGGCGAAAGGAUGAUAGAAGAGAGCGAGACCGUCGCGAAAGGAAGCGCUCUCGAAGCAGAAGCAGUGAUGGGAAGAGAAAAGAUGGUUCUCCAGCACAGCGUCGGCGUCGAGAAGGGACACCGGAGAAAAAAGCCGAGGAGAAGAAGUCUGCUGAGGAGGAAAAUAAGGAGAAGAAAGAACCUCUUGAUCUUCUAAGGACGCGGACAGGAGGUGCUUAUAUCCCGCCUGCCAAGUUGCGAAUGCUGCAAGAUCAGAUACAAGACAAGCAAGGAGAACAGUAUCAAAGAAUGAAUUGGGAAAGGAUAAAGAAGAAAAUACAUGGUUUGGUCAACAAAGUGAACACAGGAAAUCUCGUUCAAAUCGUACGAGCGCUUCUCCAAGAGAAUGUCAUUCGUGGAAAAGGACUUUUGGUGCGAUCCAUCAUGCAGGCUCAAGCAUUCUCCCCCGUAUUCUCACAUGUUUAUGCUGGCUUUGUUGCUGUCAUAAAUUCCAAAUUUCCGCACAUCGGAGAACUUUUACUUCGGAGACUUAUUGUGCAGUUUAAGCGUUCAUUCCGUAGGAAUGAUAAAGGUACCACGAUCACUGUUUCCAAGUUCAUCGCCCAUUUAAUCAACCAGAGAGUGGCACAUGAAGUGCUGGCUCUGGAGAUCAUGAUCCUGAUGUUGGAAACUCCUACAGACGAUUCUGUGGAGGUGUCAAUUGCAUUCCUGAAAGAAUGUGGUGCGAAACUCACAGAGGUUUCUCCUCGCGCACUGGACACGAUUUUCACUCGUUUGCGUGGGAUUCUACAAGAUGGUGACUCCUCAAAUCUUGACAAGCGUGUACAGUACAUGAUUGAAGUUGUCAUGACAAUUCGCAAGGAUAGUUUCAAAGCAUAUCCUGCUGUAAUCGAUGAAUUAGAUCUCAUUGAUGAGGACGACCAGAUUACGCACACCCUUUCACUGGAAGAUGCAAUAAAUCCAGAGAAUGAAUUGAAUGUCUUCAAAUUUGAUCCGGAAUUCGAAAAGAAUGAGAAACAGUACGAAGAAAUCCGCGCUGAAAUCAUUGGCGAUGCUGAUGAUAGCGAUGAGGAAGGCAGCGGUGAUGAAGACGAAGCCAGUGGAGACGAAGGAGAGGAGAAGAGCGGUGCUGCUGCCGCAUCUGGAACUACCGAGAUCAUUGAUAAUACCGAACAAAAUCUUGUUGCAUUCCGACGUGAAGUUUACCUCACUAUACAGUCAUCACUUGACUUCCAGGAAGCAGCCCAUAAAUUGCUGAAGAUGAAAGUGCCGCAGGAACUUGAGACGGAAUUGUGUCAUAUGCUAGUGGACUGUUGUUGUCAACAGCGUACGUAUGAGCGUUUCUACGGGUUACUUUGUGAAAGGUUCUGCCGUCUACGAAAGGAAUACCAGACAACGUUCGAAAAAAUUGCUUGCGACACCUAUGCAACGAUCCAUAGAUUCGACAUUACUAAAUUAAGAAACAUGGCUCGGCUAAUUUCACAUUUGCUCUUCACUGAUGCUAUUUCAUGGACGAUUUUCACUGAUGUUAAACUAACGGAAAACGACACUACGUCAUCAGGACGAAUCUACCUCAAGUAUAUUUUCCAAGAACUUUGUGAAUCUAUGGGUUUGGCGAAGCUCUACGAAAGAACAAACGACCCAACGUUACAAACCGCUUUUGCUGGUUUGUUUCCCCGUGAUAAUCCUCAAAACACUCGAUUUGCCAUCAAUUUCUUCACUCUCACUGGUCUUGGUGGAUUAACGCUUGAUCUGCGGAAGUUCCUGGAGAAAGGCAUGAAGAAGAAAAAACAAGAUUCUAUGGGCGAGUCGCCUUCAUCUUCAUCUUCCACCUCAGACGACUCUUCCGAUGAUUCGAGCGAUAGUGACGGUGAUAGUGACAGUGACGAUGAAGACUCGGACUCGUCAUCCUCUUCGUCAUCAUCGUCAUCGUCGGACUCCACAAAUGCGAGAAAACGCCUGGAGUUGAAAAAGAAGUUGCAACGGGCACGUUUGGAUGAAGGGGAUAGGAAUGGAAGCGAUAGAGCUCAAAGGAGAAUAAAAGAAGAACCGCCAUCUCCCGAAUCAUCGCCGAAGCGUGAAAAACGAAAGGAUCGCGAGAGAAAUGGUAAAGAGACCGAAGUACAAGAUAAGAGAAACGAAAGAGAAAGACGUAGAUCGGCAUCGCCAUCCAAGACUAGGAAAGGUGAAAAAUCUCCGAGUCGCAACCGUCGCUCAAGGUCCACCUCCAGAUCAAAAAAAGACCGUAAUUCACCAAGCAGAAGACGGGACCGUUCACGCAAUGAGAAUAAGUCACCAUCGAGAGGAGAUAGCGAAAAAUCGCGGAAGGAACGUGACAGGAGCUCACGGCAUAGAAGUUCUUCGAGGGACAAAAAGAAUAGAGAAAAAGAUGAGCGCAGAGAGCGAGCGCGAUCGCCAGAAUCUCGACUCAGCGAAAUUCGUGUGGACGAGCGGCGCAGUCGUCGUUAA